AGGGGGAAGAAGAGCACAGCGGGCAUUCAGAGGCAGAGGGGGGCGGACGACCGGUGCCCUUCAUCAUUCCAGAACAGUUUUUUUUAUUCUGUCUUGGGCCUUUACUGUUUCAUCGAACAGGUUUUUAUCGGACAGAUACUGAACCGCUGUGAAAAUGGCGCAGCCGGACAGCAAGAAGAUCUUCUUUGAGAACCUGUCGGGGGCAGGCAAAGCCAUCGCAGUGCUGACGAGCGGAGGGGAUGCUCAAGGGAUGAAUGCCGCUGUACGUGCUGUGGUUCGAAUGGGGUUAUAUGUGGGUGCAAAAGUUUAUUUCAUUCAUGAGGGAUAUCAGGGUAUGGUGGACGGUGGGGAGAACAUAAGGGAAGCCACAUGGGAGAGCGUCUCCAGCAUGUUACAAGUGGGUGGGACUGUUAUUGGCAGCGCCCGCUGCAAAGAGUUUCGCAGUCAUGAGGGACGUCUGAAGGCCGCUCACAACCUGGUGCAGCGCGGCAUCACCAACCUGUGUGUGAUCGGUGGAGAUGGCAGCCUGACAGGAGCCAACCUCUUCAGGGAGGAGUGGAGCGGACUGCUGGCGGAACUGGUGGAGCAAGGUCUGAUCGAGGCCGACGCUGUGCAGAAGUACUCGGCCCUCCACAUCGUGGGGAUGGUUGGCUCCAUUGACAACGACUUCUGUGGAACCGACAUGACAAUCGGCACUGACUCCGCUUUGCACAGAAUCAUUGAGGUGGUGGACGCAAUCAUGACGACCGCACAGAGCCACCAGAGGACAUUCGUGCUGGAGGUCAUGGGCAGACACUGUGGCUACCUGGCCUUGGUGAGCGCCCUGGCUUGCGGGGCAGACUGGGUGCUGAUCCCUGAGAUGCCCCCCGAGGACGGCUGGGAGGAUAAGAUGUGUCAAAAGCUGUCUGCGAACCGAGCAGGGAUGAAAAGGCUGAAUAUCAUAAUUGUAGCCGAAGGCGCGAUUGAUCAUAACAACAAGCCCAUUACCACAGAAUAUAUUAAGAAUCUUGUUGUCAAAUGCUUGGGUUUCGACACACGAGUGACAAUCCUGGGGCAUGUGCAGAGAGGAGGGACCCCGUCUGCUUUCGACCGCAUCCUGGCCAGUCGUAUGGGUGUGGAGGCCGUACUUGCCCUUCUGGAGACCACGGCCAACACGCCAGCUUGUGUGGUUUCUCUCUGUGGCAACCAAUCGGUGCGCCUGCCUCUGAUGGAGUGUGUGCAGAUGACUCAGGAGGUCCAGAAGGCCAUGGACGAGAAACGGUUCGAGGAGGCCGUUAAGCUUCGGGGCAGGAGUUUUGAAAACAACCUGAAGACGUACAAACUGCUGGCUCAUCGCAAACCGGAGUCCGAACUGCCAACUAGCAACUUCAACGUGGCAGUGCUGAAUGUUGGUGCCCCCGCGGCGGGCAUGAACGCCGCCGUACGUUCAGCCGUCAGGGUGGGCAUCUCUGAGGGCCACAAGAUGUUUGCUGUCAGUGAUGGGUUUGAGGGAUUCUACAAAGGACAGAUUAAGGAGAUUAAAUGGGCUGAUGUUGGAGGAUGGACGGGACAGGGUGGAUCCCUACUGGGAACCAAAAGAACACUUCCUGCAAAGCAUGUCGAGAAAAUCGCUGAGCAGAUGCGAAAGCACAACAUAAACGCACUGCUAAUUAUUGGUGGAUUUGAGGCGUUUGAGAGUCUGCUGCAGCUGUAUGAGGCUCGCGCUACCUAUGAGGAGUUUUGCAUCCCGAUGUGUAUGCUGCCUGCCACCAUAAGUAACAAUGUACCCGGCACAGAUCUAAGUAUCGGGGCAGACACGGCCCUCAAUGCCAUCGUGGAGACCUGUGACCGCAUCAAGCAGUCGGCCAGCGGCACCAAGAGACGCGUGUUCAUCAUUGAGACCAUGGGAGGCUACUGUGGCUACCUGGCCAGCGUAGGCGGCCUGGCUGCAGGAGCUGAUGCCGCGUACAUCUACGAGGAGCCGUUUGACAUCAGAGACCUGCAGGCCAAUGUGGAACAUCUGACAGAGAAAAUGAAGACGAGCAUUCAAAGAGGACUGGUCCUCAGGAAUGAGAACUGUAAUGAAAACUACACCACAGACUUCAUCUACCAGCUGUACUCUGAAGAAGGGAGGGGCGUGUUCGACAGCAGGAAGAACGUGCUGGGACACAUGCAGCAGGGAGGAGCGCCGUCUCCGUUUGACCGUAACUUUGGGACAAAGAUCUCGGCGAAGGCGAUGCAGUGGAUUUCCAAAAAGCUGGUGGAGACAUUCAGACAAGACGAAGGCCGAGUGUUUGCCAACACCGAGGACUCGUGCUGCCUGCUGGGGAUGCGUCGCAGGGCUCUGGUCUUCCAGCCCGUCGUACAACUCAAGGAGGAGACUGACUUUGUCCACAGGAUCCCGAAGGAGCAGUGGUGGCUGAAGCUGCGUCCCCUCAUGAAGAUCCUGGCUAAAUACAAGACGAGCUACGACGUCUCGGACUCCGGUCAGCUGGAGCACGUCGUACGCAACCGGCCGAAAGAGUCGGACGCUUCAGUAGCCAUGUGAGGGCCCGCGUCGUACGGUGGCCUGCAAAGUCCACCAGUCUGUGUGUAAGACUGAAGGUCUGCGAGGCGUCACUUUGCGUGUUGUAAAAGAUCUCCAGUAACAACGUGUCUGUUAGACCACGAGCCGUGUCCAUUUCCUGUCUGCGUCAUUUCCUGGUGUCACUCCUCUCAGUUUCGUCUCGACAGACUCAUGAACUGUAACCUAGCCUCUGCAGCACUCACACACACACACACACACACACACACACACACACACACCUGUCCUGCCAUGCAUCUGUGUGUCCUUGUUGCCCUGGGUGUUGUUUUCAAAUUGCACUUUCUGUGUCUCCAGUUGCUUAGGCAGGCUCUGAGCCCAGAGCUGCACGAGGACAGAAUAGACACUGUCUCUGCUGUAAAACCCGUGUGUGUAUCUGCCUGGAACCAGUGUGAGGUUCAGCAUAUUUAUGUAAGACUGAUGCAAUACAGUUCUACUGCUACAGGAACUGCGUGCCGUGCUUUACACCCAAACUAAUAUUUAUCUUUUUAAUAUUGUUUAUUAUUUUGCUUGUAAACAUGGAUAUAUUAACUGUAGGCACUGCUAUACUGAGUAGCUGUCUGUCAUGCUGCACCAAGAACUUAGAUGUGUAAGAGACUAAUGUUUCCCACAGAAUAAAGUCAGUCUUGAGAAGUGUA